AUGGACGUCAAGUACCCCAGCGGCUCUAUCAAGAAGGUGAGGCAGGCGGCUGUGGUGCCGGCGGUGCAAGAGGUGAAGUACAACGAGUGCGGCAGGAACCACGCGCUGGCUAGCGGUGGGCAUGUCGUGGACGGCUGCGGGGAGUGGAUGCCCUUGGGGGACCUCAACCCCGUCGACGCGUCGUCGUACAAGUGCGCAGCCUGCGGCUGCCACCGCAGCUUCCACCGCAAGGUGAUGAUGGAGAGGUCGCCGCCGCUGCCGCCCAUGGUGGAGACCGUGCUCCAUGGCCUGCCGCAGCGCAGGAAGGAGGAGACGCCGGAGGACCGGCUGCCGGGCGUCGACUCUGACACCAACUCAGAUGGCACGGAGUACAACUCAGAUGCCACGGAGUACGACUCAGAAGGCACAGAGUACGACGACGAGCGCUCCGUGCCCCGACCACUCCAACCUCAACCCGUGUACCAUCCGGCGCAGAAUCCAGUGGAACCUGCGGAUAUCUCUUCUGGGCGACACAACUUCCUGUCGAGGGCACUGCAGAUCCAGAGGCUCCCCGCCCAGCUCUCGCCGGCGACAGCGUCACCGCCCCAUGGGGUUAUGUCGGAGAGGAAGCGGUCCCGCACCACGUUCACCACCGACCAGAAGCUGCGGAUGGAGGAGCUGUCGGAGCACCUGGGGUGGCACCUGCAGAAGCGCGACAAGGACUUCAUCGAAGCAAGAUGCCGCGACAUAGGCGUCAGCAAGAAAGUCUUCAGGAACUGGAUGAACAACAAGAAGCGCAAGUACCCCAGCGGCCACAACCCCUCCGCUGCAGCAUCAUCUGUUGUCGGACCAUCCCAUCUCCGUCUUCCCCCACCACAAUCACACCACCAGUGUUAG